AUGUAUGACUAUCAUUACAAUUUGAUGCGGCGGCAUUACAACGAUUCGAUUAGACUGAUGUAUAUGGAUACAGAUUCCCUGGUGUAUCGAGUGCACACUAAAGAUUUUUACAAGGACCUGGUGGACAACCCCACGCUCCUCGAACGGAUGGACACCCCGAAUCACCCCGUCACACACCCGUGCUACGACGGUACGCGUAAGAAGAUCCCUGGACUGUUCAAGGACGAGACGGCGGGCCUACCGUACCAUGUACGAUGA